AUGAAUUUAAUAUUAGUCCUCCUCUGUUUAACCCUGCUGGGUUCCAACGUUCUGGUCAAUGGUUUUUUCUUCAAGGGUGGCGGCAGUGGUGGUGGAGGUGGUUUUGCCACCAAACUUUGUGCCAUGGGUAAAACGCAGUUCUGUGUAACACCUGCACCACCCCCAGCAACGGUUGCUCCCACAGCAACAGGCACCGUUACAACUCCCACAACACCAACGACACCCACAACACCGACCACUCCGACGACACCAACUACCCCCACAACAACUGGCACAGGUACAGGUACGGGAACCGCGCCCACAACCACUGGAACCACCUCAACAUCAACAGGUGGUGGAACUUCACCUACCACCGGUACAGCGCCACCUACCAGUCCCACUGCUCCUACCUCACCCACCACCGGUGGCGGGACUUCGCCAACAGCUACAUCUCCUCCUGCUACCUCGCCACCAGCCACUUCCCCACCAGCUACCUCACCAACAGGCAGCUCACCACCAGCCACAUCACCCUCAGACACCUCACCGCCUGCGACCUCACCACCAGCUAGCUCACCACCAGCCACUUCACCUGCUGCCUCUUCACCACCAGCCACUUCUCCACCUGCAACCUCUCCACCUGCAACCUCUCCACCUGCAACCUCACCGCCUGCCACCUCACCUCCUGCAACUGCUCCCCCUGCAACCUCGCCGCCUGCUCCAACAACUCCCCGUUUCCUGGCUCAUGAUGAAGUUGAUGAGAGAGAGAUCAAAGAAAACGGAGACGCUACUGAUGCUGCCGUUGCUGAUGAUACCGAUGCUGAAAGUGAACGUGCUCGUCGCCAUCGUCAUCUGAGAAAGGUUCGCCGUACCCGUCGCAAUCGCAACAAGGUUCGACAAGUCCGUCGUCGUAAUCGCAAUCGUAAGGUACGCCGUAAUCGUAAGAUACGCCGCAAUCGUAAGAUACGCCGCAAUCGUAAAAUUCGUCGCAAUCGCAAGAUUCGCCGCAACCACAGGAAGCGCCUGCAAAGACGUCGCCGCAUUGACCGUCGCAACAGGAAGAACAGAAGCGGUUAA